GUCGUUUUCCAUCAUCAAGGACAAUCCUUGAACUAAUUCAUUCUUUUGCUUUCAUUUCCUGCGUUUGUUACAAUGACAAUGGUCUAUCAAAUUAGUAAUCGUAAUGCUGGCCAUGCUGGGCUCAAUCGGAAUGACGAUGAUUAUUCUGGCUUGCGCUCUUCCAACUUACAAAGUCUGGUGGCCAUUCUUUGUGGUAUUGUUCUACAUUCUGUGUCCCAUUCCGACACUGGUGGCCAAACGGAACCAAUCGGAUGACGACGAGUCCCGGAUCACCAAUUCGAUGUUUGCCACCAUUGGAAUCGUAAUCAGCAGCUUUGCAUUGCCAAUUGUUCUGGCUAGGUCGAUGGUGAUUCACUGGGGCGCCUGUUACUUAACCCUCGCUGGGAACACGAUUGCCUACAUUACUAUUCUUGGAUACUUCUUCGGGUACGAGUCCGGGGAUUCCUGGUAGUCAUUUUCCGCGAUCUAAGAGUCUAUGUGGAAAAUGUCGUGUAAAAAUUCCAAACUUAUAGCUUGUACGACUCAGAAUAAGAGAUCUUCUUAUGUUCGUAAGAAUGGCGAACAAAACAUCGAGCAAACUAAUCAUAUAGGUUUGUUUAUUUUUUUUUAGUUUAGUUCAAAAUUUAGCAACUAUUCAUCAAAUUAAAAUGCAAGCCUCGGUCAUAGAAACUGUCCAUAAAUACUGUGUACUAAACGAACCAUAAAACUGAUUCAAUAAAUGGUGUGAUUAUUAUUCUACAACUCA